CCACCAUUGUAGGGCGAUGGCUCCUGGGCCAUGGGAUGUCCCGCUGCGCUGCGCCACCGUGCCGCCAUAAACCAUGGAUGGUCCAGCAUCUGAUUCAAUCAAUUGCUCUAGAAUGUGAGCCAAUAAACUCCCUUUAAACCCACCCAGCCUCACUGGAAAAUUGAUUAUAUCUCGAAAUAACAUGUAAAAAUUCCAAUGAAUCCAUGUUGGGGUAUUUAUAGGAGUAACACCCAAAAUUCCAGAAAAUCGGUUGGUCCAGUUAUACCAAAGACCCGUCCAUUAAGACAUUUGCCUCUGUGAAGAAAACAGACAGGAAAAAUAUUCAGACUCUUUGUAAGAUAGAUUUCGAUCUUUUUCACAGCAUCCAGAACUAUCCACAAUCCCUCAUCGCCCUCCAUCUUGUUAAUCUAUCUGAUAUUUUUAUUGCCUUCGUUCCAACAGCACAAAAUUCCAUUAGUUAAUGAUACUUUGUCUGGUUGCUUUUGAAACCUUUAAUCUUCCUAAGUUUUAUCUUGUUGCUCCCUAUACCACCAACCUGAAAUAAUUUAUGGAAUCUUACAGCACAGAACGUCAUUCAGUUUAUUGUCCCUGUUCCAAAUCUUUUAAAGACUUGUCUAUUUUAAUCUUACAUCCUACCCUUUACUCCAAAACACUACUUAGCUGUCCUCAAAUGCUUUUUCUGCUGCUUUUUUAAUGUUUCCAUGACAACUGAUUGCUAUGUUGUCUUCCAUUGACCCUCUGAAAACGAUAAGCCCCAUUCUCCUAUCCUUGCUAUUCCAUCAGCUAAAUAAGCAAUGGCAUUUGCACUGUGGUGUAACGUCACACAUUUUAGAUUGAAUUUUAGUUUUGCACUGUGGUUGAACAGAUUUUGAUGGGCAGUGACAGAAGGAAGGGGAACUAUGGGAGUGUGAAUUACUCAUGGUGAAUACUUCAUAGAAGAUGUCUAAACUGGUUUCUUUCCUCAUCUUCUUGUUGUGUAGUUGGUGUCAACACUUAUCUUCCAUCAUAGGUUCACAAGUUCACAAGUUAUAGUAGAACUAGGCCAUUUGGCCUAUUGAGUCCACUCUGCCAUUCAAUCAUGGCUGAUCUCUGCCUCCUUAUCCCAUUUUCCUGCCUUCUCCCCAUAAUGUUUCACACCUGUUCUAACCAACAUGAUAGUAAAAUAAUUUAGAUUUAUGUGAAGUGUUUUCCUUCAAAUAGGUUGAGUGGCACAGCUGUGAAAUGACAGAAUCUUACAAUCAGAUAAUCAUACCACAUAGAAGCAGCCUCUUCAUUCCAACUUGUCCAUGGCAACUAACAUGCCCAUCUAAGCUAAUCGCAAUAGUCUGCAUUUGACCCAUAUACCUCUAAACCUUUCCUAUUUAUGUAUCUGACAAAAUGUAUUUUAAAUACUCUUAUUAUAUCUGCACAAACAUUUCCUCUGACAGCUCAUUCCAUGUACAUAUCAUCCUCUGUAUGAAAAAUUGCCCCUAAGGUUCCUAUUAAAUCCUUCCCUUUUCACUGUAAUCCUAUGCUCUCUAGUUCUUGAUUCCCCAAUUAUGGUAUAAAAUACUAUGCACAUUCAUAUUAAUUAUGUCUCUCAUGAUUUUAUACACCUCUUUGAGGUCACCUCUCAAUGUUUUCCUCUCCAAGGAAGAAUUCCCAGCCUGUCAACCUCUCCCUAUUAGUUAAUGCCUCGGGCUCUGGCUAAAUCCUUGUAAAGCUUAUCUGCAUUCUUUCCAGUUUAAUGGCGUCUUUCAAAUAGCUGGGUGGACAAAACUGAACCCAGUGGACCAAAACUCCAGGAAAUCAACCCACCAGGAAGCCUCCCUGCCUUAGGUCAUCUGUGGCUGGCCCUGAUUUUUCCUCGUUGUUUCUUGCUUCCAGUUACCCCAUCCCCUCACCCUACAAUCACUGAAGAAGGGUCCCAACCCAACACAUCACCUAUCCAGUUUCUCCAUGGAUGCUGCCUCACCUGUUGAGUUACUCCAGCAUUUUGUUUUUAUCUUUAGUAUAAACCAGCAUCUGCAGUUCCUUUUUAUUAUAACACUCCAACACUUGUGAUUAAUUAAUUUGACAACCCUGGGUGGUGUUUGUGAAUCUUCAACAAUAUUCCAAUAUACACAGAAGUUUGAACCUACAUCAUAUGAAUGGAAAGAAUUUCCUCAAGAAUUAUACUUGAUCUGCAGCAGGUAAUGAACAGUUUGACAAAGGGUGUGUGUUUGACUUCAUUUCCAAAGUUCUCUUCCUAUUUAUUUCUCUCAUUAAGCAAUGAUGAAUCAGAAAUGUGGUGUAAGACUUAUUUAAAAUCACUCAACUAAUAAAUACAAUGUUCACAUACAGGGGUAUGGCGGACUUAAACCAAGAGUGCCUGGAUCUACAAAGUGAGAAUGACAGACCCCCUAAUGAUCUGCCAGCAGUUCUUCCUAAUUCUCACUCAGAACAGGUAGUUUCUCCCGUGCAAGUAUCACCUACAAAGAAAUCGCCAAAUGACAGCCCAUCCAAAUCUCCCCGGUUUGUUAAGAUAAAGAACUGGGAAACAGGCGCUGUUUUAAAUGAUACACUGCAUUUGAACUCUGGAGUGGCAACCGGCUGCAGAGAGCAAUUGUGCUUAGGAUCAAUUAUGAUGCCAAGCCAACAUGUAAAGAAACCAAGUAAAGCUCGUACGAAAGAGAACCUCCUACCACUGGCAGUGGAAUUUUUAGACCAAUAUUAUACAUCCAUCAAAAGAUAUGGAUCUAAGGCUCACAUUCAAAGGAUGGAGAAUGUGACAAAGGAGAUUGAAACAAUGGGAACAUACCAACUGAAAGAUACUGAGCUGAUCUAUGGAGCCAAACACGCCUGGAGGAAUGCCGCCCGCUGUAUCGGGAGGAUCCAGUGGUCCAAGUUACAGGUUUUUGAUGCCCGCGAUUGUUCCACUGCUCACGGCAUGUUCAACUAUAUUUGCAAUCACAUCAAGUACGCAACCAACAAGGGAAAUCUCAGGUCAGCAAUCACAAUAUUCCCACAAAGAACAGAUGAGAAGCAUGAUUUCAGAAUCUGGAACAGCCAAUUUAUAAGAUAUGCUGGUUACAGGCAACCUGAUGGCUCUAUCAUGGGAGACCCUGCUUCAGUGGAUUUAACCGAGGUCUGUAUGCAGCAAGGCUGGAAGGGGCCAAACGGUCGAUUUGAUGUCCUCCCUCUUCUGCUGCAGGCCAAUGGAAAUGACCCUGAACAAUUUGAGAUUACUCCUGAACUAAUCUUGGAAGUACCCAUCACACAUCCCAGGUUUGAAUGGUUUGAAGAUCUGAAGUUGAAGUGGUAUUGCCUGCCAGCUGUAUCUAACAUGCUUCUGGAUAUCGGAGGCCUUGAGUUUCCGGCUUGUCCUUUCAAUGGAUGGUACAUGGGCACAGAAAUUGGAGUCCGAAAUUUCUGUGAUACAUCUCGCUACUCUGUACUGGAGGAUGUGGCAAAGCGUAUAGGACUCAACACUGGAAAUAUAUCUUCUCUUUGGAAAGACCUAGCAUUAGUAGAAAUAAAUAUUGCUGUCCUACACAGUUUUCAGUCUAAUAAAGUGACAAUUAUGGACCACCACUCUGCUGCGGAGUCCUUCAUGAAACACAUGGACAAUGAAUAUCGAUGCCGAGGAGGCUGUCCCGCAGAUUGGGUGUGGAUUGUCCCCCCAAUGUCAGGAAGCAUCACACCUGUCUUCCAUCAAGAGAUGCUAAACUAUCACCUGAGCCCAUCAUUUGAAUAUCAGAUAGACGCAUGGUUGACUCAUGUGUGGAAAGGAGCUAAUGGAACUCCCACCAAGAAGAGAACUAUUGGAUUUAAAAAACUAGCAAAGGCUGUGAAGUUCUCAACCAAGUUGAUGGGACAAGCAAUGGCUAAACGAGUAAAAGCCAACAUCUUGUACGCUACGGAAACUGGGAAGUCGCAAUCCUAUGCAAAAACGCUGUGUGAGAUCUUUAAGCAUGCUUUUGAUGCAAAGGUGAUAUCCAUGGAUGAGUAUGAUAUUGUGCAUCUAGAACAUGAAGCUUUGGUGCUGGUGAUUACAAGCACUUUUGGCAAUGGGGAUCCACCUGAGAAUGGAGAAAAAUUUGCUUCUGCCCUGAUGGAAAUAAAGCACCCGCAUUCAAAAUCAGCAAAAGGACAGGGUUAUAAAGUUCGCUUCAACAGUGUAUCCUCAGUCUCAGAUGCCCGGAAAUCUUCAAGUGAUGAACCAGAACAUAGAGACAACUAUGGGAGUACUGGUCCCUUAGCCAAUGUGAGAUUCUCUGUCUUUGGCCUUGGUUCUCGAGUUUAUCCACAUUUCUGUGCUUUUGCUCGUGCUGUUGACACCCUACUGGGAGAGUUUGGUGGAGAAAGAAUUAUGAGGAUGGGUGAGGGCGAUGAACUCUGUGGACAGGAGGAAUCAUUUCGAACAUGGGCUAAGAGAGUUUUUAAGGCUGCCUGUGAUGUAUUCUGCGUGGGGGAUGAUGUCAAUAUUGAAAAUGCCAACAAAUCCUUAAUAAGUAAUGAUCGCAGCUGGAAGAGGGCAAAAUUCCGCCUGUCCUAUCAAGCCACAGCACCUGACCUCACGCAAGCUCUCAAUAGCAUUCAUAAAAAGAAAAUUUCUACUGCAAGAUUAUUAUCCCGACACAACUUACAAAAUCCAAAAUCCAGCCGGUCCACAAUACUACUGCGGAUACACACAGACAAUCUGGACGAAUUGAGCUACCAGCCUGGUGACCACCUUUGUGUCUUUCCUGGCAACCAUGAGAUUUUGGUCAAUGCCUUGAUCAACCGAUUAGAAGAUGCACCUCCAGCAAAUAAGGUCAUAAAGGUGGAGUUCCUGGAAGAGAAAACUACAGCUUUAGGUGUCAUUAGCAACUGGUGUGAUGAGACCCGCAUUCCACCUGCCACCAUCUCUCAAGUCUUCAAGUACUAUCUGGAUAUCACAACUCCUCCCAUUCCACUUCUCCUGCAGCAGUUUGCUCUCCUGGCAAAAGAUGACCAGCAGAAGAAAAGACUUGAAGUUCUCAGUAAGGGUUUGCAGGAGUACGAGGAAUGGAAGUGGUACAAUAACCCGACCAUCGUGGAAGUGCUGGAAGAAUUUCCCUCUGUGCAAGUGCCAGCAACGCUGUUGCUUACACAGCUUCCUCUACUGCAGCCUCGAUAUUACUCAAUCAGCUCAUCCCCUGACAUGUACCCAGAUGAGAUUCACCUCACAGUGGCUGUGGUUUCGUAUCGUACAAGAGAUGGUGAAGGAUCGUUACAUCAUGGAGUCUGCUCUUCGUGGCUGAACAGGAUAGACAGGGACGAAAUGGUGCCGUGCUUUGUCAGAGGCGCACCAUCUUUCAGGUUACCAGAAGAUCCGUUGGUUCCUUGCAUCUUAAUUGGCCCAGGAACAGGAAUUGCACCCUUCAGAAGCUUCUGGCAGCAGCGCAUGCAUUAUGUCAAACACAACGGUAUGAAAGCAGGACCCAUGACACUUGUGUUUGGCUGCCGACAAUCACAUAUUGACCACAUCUAUCGAGAAGAGACCAUCCAUGUAAAAAAUAAAGGUGUAUUUAAGGAACUUCACACAGCUUACUCUCGUGAACCAGGAAAACCUAAGAAAUAUGUGCAAGAUGUUUUACGUGAACAUUAUUCUGACCAAAUAGUCGAACUAUUACAAGACCAAGGUGGGCACAUAUAUGUUUGUGGAGAUGUUACAAUGGCAGGAGAUGUUUUGAAGACCAUUCAGCACAUCCUCGCACAGCAGGGGAAGAUGUCACUUGAAGAUGCUGGGGUCUUUAUCAGCAAACUACGGGAUGAAAACCGUUAUCACGAGGACAUAUUUGGUGUCACUCUUCGUACGCAUGAAGUUACUAAUCGUCUUCGAUCAGAAUCGAUCGCUUUUAUUGAAGAGAGCAAGAAAGACUCAGACGAAGUGUUCUGCGCUUGAUGGGACGAUUCUCACGACAAUGACACGUGCCAAGGCCUUAGAAGGAGGUUUUACUCAAUUGUGAAAACUUAAUUACGCAUUACAAUCCACACAAAGAUGCCAACAGAGUGAUUACAACAGAGCUACUUAAUUAUUUUCUUUUAUGAAACAUAGCUUGCAAUAUUUUUACACAAAGGGGAUCGCUCUAUAAUUUCCUACCUGGGGUGAUUAUUGUUGGGUCAAUUUUUUGCUAUGUGCUGCUUUUAGAUUUAUUGCAGUGUCUGCAACAAGCAAACAAUCUGUGCUAUGACAGGAAAGUUGUUGCAUGACGUAAAAACAAUAAUCAUUUUAUAAAAUGGCAUUCAGCAUAUACGGGGUUCAUUGUAAAACACCAGGACCUUUUUGCAGUAAACGUAUAUUUUAAAGGUCUGCAGGGUCUUAAAAAAAACAAGUAACAUAUACAGCACAAUAACGGCUUUGUUUUUUUUUCCUGAGAGGUGGCAAGAGAUUUAACAGAAAACAAAAAUACUAUUUUUUGUUUGUGACAGUGCGGUCCUGGUGUUUGCAUACUUUGAAGAUAUCAAAUGUUAUUAUUCUCUGAUUAUGUUACAAGAAUGAAAUGGUUGAGUCAAAUUCCCUAACAUGCGGCAAUAUGGAAAUCCGUGGUCAGGAAGGUUGCUGAUACAACAUAAUGAUGUAUUUCUACAUGGCAUUAUCAAUAGUUCACUCUCGACAUCCUCCCAUUUUGCCUCACCUAUUUCUAUCUGUAUAAACCUCUAUUGGCCCUUUCUUUCAUCUUUUAUUUAGCCUUUCCUUGAAUUAAUCUGCUCAAGCAGUGGCUGUUGUAGAGCAGCUCAUCCUUAUUGUAACAAAGUUUUAUAUUGGGCAUAUAUUCAGUGGAAUUUAGAAGAAUGAGAGGAAAAUCUUAUAGAAACAUAUAAAAUUCUUACGGGAUUGGACAGGCCUAGAUGCAGGAAAAAUGUUCCCGAUGUUGGCAGAGUCCAGAACCAGGGGUCACAGUUUAAGAAUAAGGGAUAGGCCAUUUAGGACUAAGAUGAGGAAAACCUUUUUCACCCAGAGAGUUGUGAAUCUGUGGGAUUCUCUGCCACAGAAGGCAGUGGAGGCCAAUUCACUGGAUGUUAUCAAGUAAGAAUUAGAUUUAGCUCUUAGAGCUAACAAAAUCAAGGGAUAUGGGGAAAAAGCAGGAACGGGGUACUGAAUCUGGAUGAUCAGCCAUGAUCAUAUUGAAGGCGGUGCUGGCUCGAAGGGCUGAAUGGCCUACUCCUGCACCUACUUUCUAUGUUGCUAUGUUUUUUAAAUCUCACUCUUUGAUUGAGCAGACCAUGGCUAAUGCUGAGUGCAGUCUGUGAAGUGGUUUGACUUUUCUACCGAAUACACAGGACGUCUGUGCGCUCCCGAUGCAUUGUUUGAUGCUCUGUAUACCAUCCUUAAUGCACCUUCUCUACUUUCAGUAAUCAGAGUCCAGAGGUUCCCAGGAGUCAAUGAAGACAACGCAUUUCUUAAAGGAUAUUCUGCGCAUAUCAUUAAACCUUUUCCUCUCCCCACCUGCUAAUUUCUGUCCGUGACAUAGAUGGAACAGUGUAAAAAAAAAACUGCUAGAAGAAUACGGUGGGUCAAGCAGCAUCUGUGGAAGCAUAGGGUUGAGUCAUAGAGUCUUACAGUGUGGAAACAGGUCCCUCAGCCCAACUUGCCCAACUUGUCAGCCAAAAGGUCCCAUCUACACCAGUCCCACCUGCCUGCGUUUGGUCCAUAUCCCUCUAAACCUGUCCUAUCCAUGUACCUGUCUAAAUGUUUCUUAAAUGUUGCGAUAGUACCUGCCUCACUACCUCAUCCUGCAGGUUGUUCCAUACACCCACCACACACUGUGUAAAAAAUAUUACCCCUCAGUUUCCUAUUAAAUCUUUUCACCCUCACCUUAAACCUGUGGCCUCUGGUUCUCGAUUCCCUGACUCUGGGCAAGAGACUCUGUGCGUCUACCCGAUCUAUUCCUCUCAUGAUUUUGGACACCUCUAAAAGAUCACCGCUCAUCCUCCUGCGCACUAAGGGUCCUAGCCUGCUCAACUUCUCCCUAUAGCUCAGGCACUCAAGUCCUGGCAACAUCCUCGUAAAUCAUCUCUGUACCCUUUGCAGCUUGGCAUCAUCUGUCCUAUAACAUGGUGCCCGCUCCCCAGAGCUCUACCAUUCCCUGUGAAGGUCUUGCUCAUGUUAGUACUCCAAAAAUGCAACACCUCACAUUUCUCUGUAUUAAAUUCCAUGAACUAUCACUUGGCCCAUCUGCCCAACUGAUCAAGAUCCUGCUACAAUUUUUGACAACCAUCUUCACUAUCUACAAUACCAACCACUUUUGUGUCACCUGCAAACUUGCUACGUAUGGCAUGCAUGGGCGGAAAUCCCGGGAGGGGAGGGGGGGGGGAAACAAGAGGACACGUCCCCCUCAUAUUUUAAGAGAUGGGGGACAAUCCCCCCCAUGUUUUGAAAUUCGGUGAAAAAAUAAAUUAAAAAUCUCCGCUUUCAGCGAGACAGUGGGGGUGGGACUGAUGAUCGAGGGCGACGAUUGGACAAGAGAGAUGUCAGUCAGUAGGCAGGUGGGGGGGGGGGGGGACAUGAUGAUUCAGCGCGAUGAUUGGAGGAGGGAGGUGUCAGUCAGAGGCGGAAGUAGAGGGGUGGAACUGAAGAUAGAGCACGGUGAUUGGAGACGUUCUGGUGGAGCAAAGAUACUAGAGCGGAGCUUGAAUCAGCCCGUUCAUUGCCCGGCGCGGCUUAAAAUCGGCCAUGGGAUCUUCCACCACCCUACGGUCAAAUUGCUGCUUCGAGGCGAUCAAGGCUCCUGAUGUUGAAGCCCCCGCCGGGCGAUGGACGAUUCUGCAGCCGGUUUUAUGCCGCGACAGGCGAUGAAAGGCCCCGCGAACGGGCCGAUUGAAGCCACACAAUUCGGGGCGGUUGUGGGAUUCAGAGUCGGUCACCAACCAGCUCAGCUCCAGAUGUUACCAUCCACAUGGCCCACGGCUG